AUCCGGUUUACCUUGCUCUGUGAGCGGCGCGGCCCACAAAGUACAGCAACGCGCGCGGGGAGUAGUUGGGACCCGUGAGCGUCAGUGUAUCCCAUCGUGAAGCAUGGAGGAAUUAGCCAGAGAGAGCAUCAGCCUGCUGGCAUCAGCCUCAGCUAAGCCCCCGCUGGACGUGGCCGCCGGGCCUCGGCUCGGCUCCAUGGGGGCUAUUUUCAUCAUGCUGAAAUCCGCUUUGGGCGCCGGGCUCCUCAACUUCCCCUGGGCCUUCGAGAGAGCCGGGGGCAUCCGCAGCGCAGUCACCGUGGAGCUGGUCUCUCUGGUCUUCCUGGUCAGUGGCCUGAUCAUCCUGGGCUACUCCUCAUCCAUCAGUGGCCAGUGCACCUACCAGGCGGUGGUGAAGGAGGUGUGUGGACCAGCCAUUGGUCAGCUGUGUGAGAUCUGCUUCGUCUUCAACCUUUUCAUGAUCUCUGUGGCCUUUCUGGUCAUAGUGGAUGACCAGCUGGAGAAGUUGUGCGGCUCCUUGUAUGAGCUGGUAACUGAUUUACCAGAGUCAGAGAUGCCGUACCACUUCUACACCGACCAGCGCUUUGCUCUAGUGCUGCUCUGUGUUCUCCUCAUCCUGCCGCUGUCCAUCCCCAAAGAGAUCAGCAUUCAGAAAUACAUCAGUGUUCUGGGUACCCUGGCUGCAACCUACCUGACUACAGCCAUCAUCAUCAAAUACCACACCAUGCCUACUGUUCUGGUUCACAUCACCCCUCUCUACAGCAGUGGGAUCAGCUCCUGGGCCUCCAUGUUCAGUGUCAUUCCGACCAUCUGUUUUGGUUUCCAAUGCCAUGAAGCGUCCAUCGCCAUCUACAGCAGCAUGGAGAACCAGCGGCUCUCUCAUUGGGUCUUUAUCUCUGUGGUUUCCAUGAUCUUCUGUCUUGUCAUUUACUCCCUCACAGGGGUUUAUGGGUACCUGACAUUUGGAAAGGAUGUGAAGGCGGAUAUUUUGAUGUCGUACACUGGUGAUGACAUUCUGAUGCUCAUCGCCAGACUGCUUUUUGGAGUAUCCAUCAUCACCAUCUAUCCCAUCAUCCUGCUGCUGGGCAGGUCAGUGAUCCAGGACCCCCUGCUGAGUUGGCGGCGGAGGCGUUAUGGUGUGGUGACAGUGGAGUUUGAAGGCCGCAGCCGCUAUGCUCUGACAGUCCUGUGGAUCACAGUGACGCUACUCAUCGCUGUGUUUGUACCAGACAUCAGCAAGGUCAUCAGUGUCAUUGGAGGGAUCAGUGCCUUUUUCAUCUUUAUCUUCCCAGGACUGUGUUUGAUGUUUGCCAUGCAGUCUGAGCCAGUGUCCUGUAAGACCAGAGUUGUCCUCACAGUUUGGGGAGUGGUAACCCUGAUCUGCGGAGCCUUCAUCUUUGGCCAGAGCACCACCAUUGCUGUCAUGCAGCUCCUCGGAAAGAUCUGACUCUUCCAUCUCCCUCGCUGAUCCAGGUACUUUCGUGGAGACAGAUCAGAACUUGUACUUCCCCUUUCCCCUCCCCGAGAGAGCCCAUGUUGAAUUAUUGCCAUCACUCUUAAAAAAAAAAAAACAAACAAAAAAAAAAAACAUGACCCCUGAACGAUCAAGAGGCCUCUCAAGACUUGCAACCAUAGCCUUUAAGAUAAUGGACUAAACUCUAUAAAACUACCCUUCCCUCCUUUAGUGUCACUAUAUGUUAGUUUCACUUGGGUUAACUGUUUAUUGUUGAACCCUCAUGACGAGGCCUGUGUGCCUCCUACCACGCUGAGAUGAUCUGAUUGAAAUCCUCAGGUAUUUCUGCACUUUGUUGUAUUGUAGUUGAACUUCUGUUGUCACGUGGGUUAGUAUCACCUGCCUGUAUUCAGUCUGUGGGUACGAUGAAGAGCUUUAGACUGAGAGAGAAACAUAAAAAUUGAUAGAACAUUGUGAACUAAUGUGAAAUUAAAACAUUAAGCAUAGUCCAGGAAAGCUCCUUUUUAGCAUUUUUUUUCAUCAUUUGCACAGGCUGCAUGUUACCACGGGAACGUGUGAUGAAGGAUGUCUGAUUGGGAAUAUUUACAGGACCUGGUUGUUUCCACUGCCAUACAAGACUGAAAUAAUAGGUUGCUUGAGGGUCCACACAAGGGGUAGGGAGAGAGGAUAUUUUCAUGUUUCUGUUUAUGUAUAUUUGGAUGAGUGUGUAAAUAAGUCAUGUUAUAUCUAUUUUGUAUGUUUAAAAAGAAGAGCAGCUUUCUGAUAUAAUGAUUAAUUAGUAAUGAUGUGAGUAGUUGAGUUAAUAGUGAAUACCGGGUCAACAAAAAGAUAACUGAGUGAAUAAAAUAAUUUUUAUAUGAAA